GCGCACAGGCAAUAACUGAAAACAAAUAUGUAGAUUUCACGUGGUGUUUUUGCUCAUAACUUCAUGAAAAUUGCACAGAUCAUAGAUCAACAAGAAAUUAGAAUUUUCGAAGGACACAAGAGAUCAAGAUAUCAUGUGAUCUUCACAGUAAGUCAUUCAGAUAGGACAUUUUAUAUGUUUUUUUGUUUUUUGUUUUACCCAUUUUUCCACCCCUUUUGUCUAUAUGAUAAAAGUAAUGCAGGUAGAUAUGUAUCAAAUGCAAAACUUGUCCAGAGAUUGUGAACUAGAGCCAACAGAGCAUUUAACUACUCCUUGUCACACAAAGUUCCUCCUAACUUGUUUAGCCGGUUUUCUUUGUGUGACAGUGGUGUCUAGAACAUAGCAUAAUGCAUCCUGUGCAUCAUACCAGGCUCAGUGUCUAGCGAAAUGUUUGUUGUGAGAGCUAUUAACAAGCGCAAGGUGAUGUGGUAUUCAUUUUAUCUACUCAUUAUGUGUAUUGUAUUUUAUGUUUUUUUAUCCUUUGGAGUAAAUCAUGUGUACGCAAGAGAAAAAAAAUUGCCUGCUGUAACAAAUGUAAAUGAAGAUAUCACCAAGAUGAAGGAACCUCCUGAGGCAGAGGAGAUUGAGGAAAAGUUUGCUGAUGACCAACAGCCAAUCAAAAUGCUUCAGGGUCGAGUGAACAUGCACAUUUUUGAAGACUGUUGUGGCGGAUCCCUUGAUCAACUUAAGAAUAACCUGCUCUAUCCAUUAUUUCCAAAUGUGCGUACUACGGUGAGCAGACUUGCUGUGUCCCCUCAAUGGGAAAAUUAUGGUCUGAGAAUCUUUGGCUACCUUCAUCCUUCAGAAACUGAAGAAUAUAUUUUUGCUGUUGCCUCUGAUGAUAACUCAGAGUUCUGGCUAAGUUUAAAUGAAAGUCCAGAAAACCUUCAACUUCUCGCCCGUGUUGGUGAGACAGGAUAUGAAUGGACUGCUCCAGGCGAGUAUUGGAAAUUUGCAUCCCAGACAUCCGAACCUGUCUUGUUAGUGAAAGGCAUGAAAUAUUUUUUUGAAGUCCUUUUAAAACAGAAUACCGGAGUUGAUCAUCUGGAAGUAGCGUGGCGUUUAAACCAUGACGAUGGCAUAUUUUCUGUGAUAACCUCUGAGUUUUUAUCAUUAUAUGAAGAUGAAUCUUCUCUACAAUUGGGAGAUAUUGAGCACAUACCUCAAACAAAAGCAAGUUACGAUAGACUCUUUGAUCAAGUUUCCUUGUCACCCCAUCCAGUAGAAGACAAGAUCAGAGAAGACCCUCGGGAUCACAUCUAUAAAUACAAAAUGCUAGAUGAAUCCUACCUGAAAGACUUGUUUCCUGAAUGCCAUUACAAACCAACUUACAUACUCAAUAAACAGAUUGGACGAUAUCAAGGUGUAUAUUUGAUUAGGUUUUCUUCAGUGUACCCAAAUGACUUCACAAGGCAAACUAAUGAUCAGAAUGAUGAGAUGUGUUUUUACAAACAAGAUCCAUCAUUUCAGAAAGGUAAAGGACUUGCUACUUACCUGAUCGAGGUUGAAGACCCUGAUGUACAAAAGAUUAAUACAGGUCCUUUUUGGCAGCGUGUCUAUGACGUGAAACCCCUCAAUGCUGCUUUAAAGCAAACUGCUGUUGUGGCAAAUUCCUGCAGAACAGCUGGAAACAUUAUGAUGUCCCAAAGUCAUGCCAUGUCCAUCGUUAGAGCCUUUUUGAAAGCAUUGCAUUCAAGAGAAGAGACACGUGGCUACUCCUUGUUGCAUGUGGUGAAUGUUGUAAGGCGUGAAGACAAGGAUGUGGGCAGUCGUUAUCUGGUGGAACUGGAACUUGUGGGCCCUCAGGGUCAGAAAGUUCUUGUUUCACGUUAUGUUUAUACACUUGAGUCAUCAAAUGAAGUGUUUCUCUGCAGUCCAAAAGCAUUCAACUGGAACCCAUCUGCUACUGUUCAUGUAAUUGUGGCAGUGAAAAAUCAGGCCAGAUGGAUCAUACAGUUUAUCAGGGAAAUGGAAAAAGUGUACAGGGUAACUGGGGACAAAAACUUCAAUGUAAUAAUUGUAGACUACAGCAGCUCUGACAUAGAUAUUGAGAAAAGACUCAAAAAGGCAAAAUUACCAAGUUACAAGUUUAAGAAGAUGGAGGGUAAUUUUCAAAGAACAGGUGGCCUUCAAGCUGGAAUAGAUCUUGUUGAAGAUGAGCACAGUAUUUUGUUCCUUUGUGACCUGCACCUCUACUAUCCUGUGAAUAUUAUAAACAGUAUACGAAAAUACUGUAUUGAGGGGAAAAUGGUCUAUGCUCCAGUUGUGAUGAGGCUAGAUUGUGGAGCUUCCCCAAGAACCCCAAAUGGAUUUUGGGAGAUAGCUGGUUAUGGUUUGAUGGGAAUCUACAAGUCAGACAUGGAUCGUAUUGGAGGCAUGAACACCAGAGAAUUCAAAGAUAAAUGGGGGGGUGAAGACUGGGAGUUAUUAGACAGAAUCUUAGGCAAUGGGUUAGAGGUGGAACGACUCCACCUGAAAAAUUUUUUCCACCAUUUUCACUCCAAACGUGGAAUGUGGGUAGCCAACAAUCCAGCCUAAAUGCAAAUGAUUCAGUCAAGUGCAAACAUGGUAGUUUUUUUUUUUUAAAACACACCUACCUACAGUAGUACUGAUGGCAUCUUUUGCAAGCAGAAUCAGCCUUUCGAAUGAAGUUGGUGAACUGGAUGAACUUUGAACAAGGUUGAAUGUUUUAUAUUUAUACAAUGUAAAUUUAGUACAUAAUACCAUUUUUUUGGAUAUUUUUGGAUAAAAUGUGUUGGUUUGUGUAUAUAUUUGCAUCUGUAAGUUUAAAGUCCAUGUAAAGCAAUAUUAAAAUAUGUGUUUUGAGUUUGUCACACCACAGAAAAAUGUAUAAACCACCCAGCCAAAUUUGUCUGCAAAAAGUAACCUGCUCUGUCUUGUCUGUCAACGCGUUAUCAGUGUCCUCUUUGCUCCGCGAUGUAUUUCUGAUAAUGUGUGGCGAGAGAUCGGCACGGCUUGUCGGACGUAGCAACAGUAACUAAAGGGGGCGGGUCUUUGCGAACGGUCAAUUGAGCGGGUGAGCCACUGAUGCUAAUACGCUGUAGUUAUUAUAGUGUUGGGGCGGAAAAAAAAAUCCUGAACACAGAAUUGGUGAAAAACUGUUUAACGCUCUAACUCCACAAUUCAGAACUACAUAGUUCACAGUCUUUGUAAUGUGUUUCAGCAAUACAUUUGUAACAUUUAUAAAGUGUUUAGAAGCAAUUCUCAGAAUUGACUUUACAUGGACUUUAAGUAGGCUAUUUUGCAUUUGAUCAAUUGUUUAGCAUAUGAUGACAUGAAUACAGUUUAAUGACACUGAAAUAUUGUAAGGGGCGGUUCACACAGAACACGUUUUUCCAUUCCGCUGAGCUGCUUUUCCAUUGUUUUUCAAUGUAAACACGUGUUGAUGGACAUCUUUAACUGCUGACUUCUCAUGCAUGACAAGUUAUUCUAAAAAAAUAUCUCCAUUUUUUUUUUUUUUUUUUUGUUCCACUAACCUGUGUAUCGUGUUUUUUUAACAACAAAAACGAGUUCUGUGUAAACCGCCUCUAACUCAGUACAACAAAUUCUUGGUCUUUAUCACACACAAUGUCAAAUAAAAGUCCUACUCAUACUCAA